GCUAGUUGCAGACUUGCAGGCUUGCAGCAUUCCCGUGUAGAGAGAGCAAAGCAAGCUCACUUCUUCGUUUCACUCUGCUCAUCAGAAGUCCAAACUCGAAGAAAAAGGAAAGAAAUUUACAACUGCAAAACCGCAACCGACAAACACUUCUCUCUCGCCACUGUCCUAAAUCCUAAAUCUCGCCCACUAAUCAAAACUCUAAUUACAUCUACUUUUCCCUCCACAGUUAAACAAAUCCCACUUGCUCCACCUGCUCCAAACUCCCCCAAAUCUGAGUUCUUUCCACUCACUCACUCCCAAAGCUCCAAUCUUUACACUCAAGCAGCAAAAAAGAAGGGGAGAGAGAGACACAACAAAGAGAGAUGGGAUCAGUGUCGCUGAAAAUCGGCGACGGCACCGCCAGAUUCAAGCGGGCAACGCUCUGCACAUCGGCGGUAAACCUUCUCAUGAUCCUUUCAGUGCUCACUACAAAUCUCUUCGCUCUCUACGCCUUCAAUUACUCCCCCAUCCACCUCCACGCCCACAAUCUCAAUCCCCACAAGAACAUCUCCUUGAUCUCCGAGCAUGUCUCCUUAAUCCUGCGAGAGAUCGGUUCAUCCCAGAAAAAGCUCGCCAAGAUGGAGAAGGAGCUUCUAGGUUAUGACACCAUCGACAUCUCAAGACCCAAUAUUGCUAGUGAGCUCAAAUUGUAUCUCCAGCAUCACCAACUGCCUCUGGGGAAAGAUUCAAGAACUGGGAUCACAGAGAUGGUGGCUUCUGUAGGCCAUUCCUGCGAGAGAUCGACCGAUUUGCUGUCGCAGUACAUGAACUACAAGGUUUCUGGUUCUUGCCCUGAUGAUUGGAGCCUUGCCCAGAAGUUGAUUCUUCGUGGGUGUGAGCCUUUGCCGAGGAGAAGAUGUUUUGCUAAAGGUGGGAGUAAGUUGGGGCUCCUGAAACCUUUUCCUUUGUCUCUUUGGAGUUCUGUUGUUGAUAAUAAGGUAGUUGGUAGCUGGAGUGGUUAUGGUUGCAAAGGGUUUGAUUGUUUGAGUAAGAAGAAGUUGAGUAGAGAAUGUGUGAAUUGCUUCGACUUGGGUGGGGCUGAGAAUCAGAGGUAUGUGAAGUCCAAAGGGAAGAAUGAUUUCUUGUUGGAUGAUGUUUUAGGGUUAGGCAGUGGUGGGAUUAGGAUUGGGUUCGACAUCGGUGGUGGUUCGGGAACUUUUGCUGCUAGAAUGGCUGAGAGGAAUGUGACUGUGAUUACAAACACGUUGAAUGUCGAUGCUCCAUAUAGCGAGUUCAUUUCUUCAAGAGGGUUGUUCCCUCUGUACUUGAGUUUGGAUCAUAGGUUUCCAUUUUACGACAAUGUAUUUGAUCUGGUACAUGCGUCGAGUGGAUUGGAUGUUGGUAGCAAGGUGGAGAAGCUCGAGUUCUUGAUGUUUGACAUCGAUCGUGUGCUUAGACCAGGUGGGUUGUUUUGGUUGGAUAACUUCUAUUGUGCUAAUGAUGAGAAGAAAGGGGUUUUGACAAGAUUGAUCGAGAGGUUUGGGUAUAAGAAGUUGAAAUGGGUUGUGGGAGAGAAGGCUGAUGCAGCAAGUGGGAGGUCUGAAGUUUAUUUAUCUGCAGUGCUUCAGAAGCCAGCAAGAGGCUGAAACUAGGAAAAGAGGUAAGCAUGCUUGGUCUUUGUUCGAACUAGGGAAGCAAAGCUUGCAUUGUUGAAAUGCCCACAUCAAAAUUCUUUUGCCCCUUACCCAAUUGCACAUUUAGAGGUUUCUGACUUUCAAGCAGCAAUGAAGAGCAAAAGAAGGCGAUAUAUUUAUGUUUCUGUUGUAAAAUUUAUCCGUCUUUUCCGUGUAACUUUUAGGGGGAACUCUUAGUUGUGGAAGAUUAGUAUGAACUCUUUAGGAGUACCGAGUAUGGGGAAAUUAUAGUGUAUUCAUGAAUUUUUGCCCAACUGUGAUUACAUUAUGCUUAUUAUCAAUAGAACCUGCCUACAGUU